UAUAAAUAUUUUAGUCAUUUUUAGGGCAAAGAAGGUUUAGCGAGCGCCCCUAUUAAAUUUAAGGGGUUUAAUGAUCGAUUUUAAAAUUUUGGGGGUUUAUUUAGACCCUAAAAUGAGGUGCUAUGGAUGGAUUAUUAUUAUAGCUCAGAAGAAGCGUCUAAGAGAAGCUGAGGUAAAAAUAAAGAUUCACUAACAAGAGAUUCUUUUAGCUACCGACCGCGACACUGACACCUCUUAUAUCUGCUACUAAACGCAUACCUAUAUAUACAACUGCUUUGUGUCUGUGCAAACACUGCACAGAGAGAAGCUUAGAGAUAUAACAAUGGCGGCACCUCCGAAGCCGUGGAAGGCUGAGUACGCUAAGUCAGGCCGAUCAUCAUGCAAAAUUUGCAAAAAUCCUAUCAAUAAAGAGGGGCUCCGGCUCGGCAAAAUGGUCCAAGCUACUCAAUUUGACGGAUUCAUGCCGAUGUGGAACCAUGGCAACUGUGUACUAAAGAAAGCCAAACAGAUUAAGCUGAUGGAUGAUGUUGAAGGUAUAGAUUCGUUACGAUGGGAAGAUCAACAGAAGAUUAGGACGUAUGUGGAGGGUGGUGGUACUGGUAGUGGUGCUGGCACCACUGAUGAAAAGGGUGCCAAGACUAUGGAAUAUGGUAUUGAAGUUUCGCAGACAUCUCGAGCUGCUUGCAGGCACUGUAAACUAAAGAUUAUGAAAGGACAGGUCCGUAUAUCGUCAAAGCCUGACGAACCACGAGCAAAGGGUCUGGCCUGGCAUCACGCCAACUGCUUGAUUGACUUGUAUCCAUCCGUCCAAGUGGAUAAGAUGCCUGGAUGGGAAAGUCUGCCACCUCCUGAUCAGGAAGCAGUUCGUGCACUUGUUAAAGUUGUUCCUUCUACUACAAAGAUUGUUGAGGAAAAAGAAGCAGCUUCCAAAGUUGGUGCUAGAAGAAAAAGAGAUGUUUCUGGAGAUCAGAAAUCAAAGAUUGCCAAGGUUGAGGGAGAUGUCUCAGCUAGCAGGGUAGCUUCUGCUGAUGAUUUGGACAGCAAACUGGAAGCUCAAUCCAAAGAAUUAUGGUCCUUAAAGGAUGACCUGAAAAAGCAUGUUACAACUGUAGAGUUGCGACAAAUGCUUGAAGCCAAUGGUCAAGAUACCUCUGGAUCAGAACUUGAUUUGCGGGACCGCUGUGCUGAUGGGAUGAUGUUUGGAGCACUUGGGCUAUGCUCGCUUUGUUCCGGUUUUCUUCGUUAUUCUGGAGGAACGUAUAAGUGUACUGGAUUUCUGUCAGAAUGGAGCAAAUGUUCAUUCUCAACUCGUGAACCGGAGCGCCUUAAGGGGAAGUGGAAAGUCCCAGAGGACACUGAUAAUGAGUAUCUGAGCAAGUGGUUUAAGUCUCAGAAGAUUAAGAAACCUGUUAGGACAUUGCCUUCUCCAUCAUCUAACAAUCCUUCUGGUAGCCAGGCUUCCAAUAGCAAGUCGCCAUUUUCAGACAGUGAAAGUUUGGGAGAUCUGAAAGUUGUUAUUUCUGGAUUACCUAAGGAGUCUGUGGAAGAAUGGAAGGGCAAGAUUGAAGAAGCAGGUGGACAGGUGCAUGCCAAGAUAAAGAAAGAUACAAAUUGCUAUAUUGCGGGUGGAGUACUAGAUCAUGAAGAUGCUGAGAUAAGGAAGGCAAGGAGAAUGAAAUUACCGGUAGUCAAGGAGGAUUAUCUAGUUGAAUGUUUUAAGAAACAUAAAAAGCUUCCAUUUGGUUUAUACAAAGUCGAAUCUAUUGGUGAAACCUCUAGCAUGGUGACUGUGAAAGUGAAAGGGCGAAGUGCAGUGCAUAAAGCAUCUGGUAUGCAAGAUACAGGUCAUAUCCUUGAGGAUGGAAAGAGCAUCUAUAACACAACUUUAAACAUGUCUGACUUAUCAACUGGUGUCAACAGCUGCUAUAUCCUUCAGAUAAUUCAAGAUGAUAAAGGGUCAAAUUGUCACGUAUUUCGUAAAUGGGGGCGUGUGGGUAAUGACAAAAUUGGAGGAAACAAACUUGACAGGAUGUCAAAAUCAGAAGCUGUCACUGAAUUUAAACGUUUAUUCCUUGAGAAGACUGGAAAUUCAUGGGAAGCAUGGGAACAGAAGCAGAACUUUCAGAAGAGACCUGGCAAAUUCUUCCCAUUGGAAAUUGAUUAUGGAGUUAACAAGCAGCUGACAAAACAACCCAGGAAGAAUGUAAAUAGCCAACUUGCUCGUCCACUGGUGGAAUUGUUGAAAAUGCUGUUUAAUGUGGAAGCAUACAGAGCUGCGAUGAUGGAAUUUGAGAUUAACAUGUCAGAAAUGCCGCUUGGAAAAUUGAGCAAAAGUAAUAUUCAAAAAGGUUUUGAGGCAUUGACAGAGAUACAGAACUUAUUAAAUAGCAGUUCGCAUGAUCCUUCCAUCAAAGAAACCUUAAUCAUUGACGCCAGCAACAGAUUCUUUACUGUCAUUCCUUCUAUUCAUCCACAUGUUAUUAGAGAUGAAUAUGAUUUUAAGUCAAAGGUGAAAAUGUUAGAAGCUCUCCAAGAUAUUGAGAUAGCUUCCAGAUUAGUAGGUUUUGAUGCUGAUAAUGAUGACUCGCUUGAUGAUAAGUAUAGGAAGCUUAAUUGUGAUGUAACUCCACUCUCUCAUGAUAGUGACGACUACCGGUUGAUUGAGAAAUAUCUCCAUAAUACUCAUGCUCCCACUCAUACUGACUGGAGUCUUGAACUGGAAGAAGUCUUUUCACUAGAAAGGGAGGGAGAAUUAAAUAAGUUUGAUCCCUACAGAAGAAAGCUUAAGAAUAGAAUGCUCCUCUGGCAUGGUUCUCGAUUGACUAACUAUGUCGGAAUACUUAACCAAGGACUGAGAAUAGCUCCUCCUGAAGCUCCAGCAACUGGAUAUAUGUUUGGCAAAGGAGUUUAUUUUGCUGAUUUAGUCAGUAAGAGUGCUCAGUAUUGCUUUACUGAUAAGAAAACCCCUGUGGGAUUAAUGCUUCUAAGUGAAGUUGCCUUAGGGGAGGUAUAUGAGCUGAAGAAUGCCACGUAUAUGGACAAACCUCCUGAAGGAAAGCAUUCGACAAAAGGGCUUGGCAAGAAAGUACCUCAGGAGUCGGAGUUUGUGAAAUGGAGGGAUGAAGUUACUGUUCCUUGCGGUAAACCAGUGGCAUCUAAAGUCAGAGCCUCUGAGCUCAUGUAUAACGAGUACAUCGUCUAUAACACGGCUCAAGUUAAGAUGCAGUUCUUGGUGAAGGUGAGGUUUCAUCAUAAGAAGUGAUAGGGCACAUGUAGUUGUUCCUUAUUUUGAAAUCCAGCUUGCGUAGUUCGCAAGUGUUGCAACUUCUUGACAAGGUCUCAUUUUUGGGGUUUGCUAGAGAUCUAUCAACUCGUUUUUGUUUAUAUGUACAACAGUACAAGGUAAGGGGCAAACUUCUAAAUGCUUAAAUGUAUCCUUCUCGUCUCUGCUUGAUUUUUUA